GUUUAACUUCACCGUAAAAUGUAUACAGUCACCGGACAGCUAUGUAUCGCAACCGGGUAUCGGAUCUUGACUGACCCGAGUCGGGAGGAAUGCCAUUCUUAUCCGGGGAAGACAGCUACUAUCACAUCAUUAGCAUCCCGUAUUCAUAAUCGCGAACUGCACUUCUGCUUGAUAAUCAAAGAUGAAACCCUGCUACCUCUACGCAGUUAAUAGAUGGCAGCCAUCCAUCGAAGAAUGCAGUCUCAGCUGAUUCGACAUCUCUUUCCAACUGAACCAGUACGAUCGCUUCCACAAUGACCUUCAGCAUCCUCCUCGUCGGCGCAUCUGGCUAUAUCGGCGGGUCUACGCUCUCAGCACUCGUGGAAAAGCAUCCAUCUUGGCACGUCACGGUGAUCGUGCGCAAUCAAAACCAAGCAUCUGCAAUUCGAAAUGCAUUUCCCGCUGCAUCCAUUUCCACCAUCAUCGGCUCCCUAGAGACAUCUGAGAUCCUUGCCACCGAGGCAGUCAAGGCGUCAAUAACUCUCCAGCUCGCCAACGGCGACCAUGAUACUGGGACAGAUGCUCUUCUUGCUGCAAUCGGCUCCGCAGCCAGACCUGCGUCCAGCAAGUACUACAUUCAUCUCUCAGGAGCUGCUACUGUAUUAGACCUCGCCCUUGCACCGGGCCUUCCGCCUUCCAGAAGCUGGAAUGACACUUCCGAUCUCCCUGAAAUCCUCACCUUGCCUGCAACGCAGAUACAUGCUGCCACAGAGCAGAGGAUCGUUUCUUUUGCAUCCCAGCAUGCCGAGAAUGGCGUCAGGACGGCGAUCAUCAGCCCACCGGCCGUGGUUGGCGUGGGAACUGGUCCGAUCAAGCGAGGAUCUGCAUAUCACAUCAACAUGAUUCUGCAACGCAAGAAACCGUUUGUGGUUGGAGAGGGGCGGAAUCAAUUUGCAACGGCUCAUGUGAAAGAUGUGGCAGAUGGAAUAGUGGCGUUGGUUGAGGCUGCAUAUGGAGAACUCGAGGCUGAAUCUGAUAUCAGCAGCGGAGCUGUUUCUGCUAAAGCGGAUUGGAACGGCAAUGGAUAUUACUUCCUUACUUCCGGCUGGAAAACCCCGGACAAAACCACAUAUGUCGAAAGAGUUGUUUCGCUGCUGGGAGAAAGGUCCGUUUUGCUUGAAGAUGGUGUGGACCAUCUCACGGUGGAAGAGUCGGCUUCAUUGCAUCCAUACGGUCCAAUUAUCUUCGGGGCCAGCUUGGAGGUUCAAGGGCAAAGGAUAAAAGAGAGACUAGGAUUUAAGAGCUCGUUCAGUCAUUGGGAGGACUCUCUCAGGGAGGAAAUAGAUGUCGAGCUUGCAAGACAGGCUAGGGGAGAGAAGCUGGGAACUGGUUUCGGUCGUGAUUAGACAUUAUUUCUCGUGUAUCGGUAUAUGCCUGAUCUGCCAAGUCGACGCAUCCGCGUCGGUUACAUACGUACUUGAUUUUCUAGACAGCUCGACGGCUUGCCCUUUCCGUUUUGGUGCUCACCCCUCGCUGCUUUUUGCUCACUGCGUAGACCUGAGCAUGCCCUGAGCACGCCCUGAGCAGCCUGAGCUGAUCACUGAGUAAAGGCUGAGCAGAGGGGUGAGUAGCCUGACUAAGGUAGCCUCAAUAAAACGCACCGCGCUAGAGUUUCACC